AUGGGUCUAGGUGUCUUGGAGGACCACAAGUUGGAUCAUGUUCCUGGAACGUCCUACGUAAAUGAGAACGCAGACCUUCAAACACAGCCAGACCAACAACAACCAUGGCUGAAAUACGACCGCUCCGGUCCAGUCCCUAUCCUUCUCAUUCCCCAACCCAGCGAUGACCCUUAUGAUCCCUUAAACUGGCCGCUAUGGCGCCGCGACCUAAUCUUAGCCAUCCUCUCCCUCAUCGCUGUCAUUUGCGCCACUAUGAGUCCCAUUAUGGCCGCCAACACGGUUACCAUUGCUCUCGUCUUUAGAAAAAACUUUACGCAGGUUGCCUUGUUGACAGGUUAUCAUCUUCUUGGUGUUGGGUUGGCGGGUAUACUUACUGCCUGGGCAGGAGGGAGUUCUGGGAAUUGGCGGAGUUUGGUGGCGGCGCGAGUCUUUCAGGGGUUUGCGCUGGCGCCGUUUGAGGCUCUGGUGAAUGCUUGUGUGGGUGAUUUGUUCUUUAUGCAUGAACGUGGAAAACGAAUGGCUUUCUCGAAUGUCGCCCUCUUUGGCGGUGCUUUUCUCACGCCAGCCGUUGUGGGUAAAAUGACAGCGACUUUGGGAUGGAAGUGGUCUUUUUAUUUUGUUUCCAUAUUCACCGCGGCGGCGCUGCCGUUUGUGUUCUUUUUCGUCCCGGAGACUGCGUAUCGUCGAGCGGAGUAUUUGAAUACGGACUUUUCAGAUGAUUCUCAUAAUCAUAGGGAGGGCUCUCAGACAGGUAUUGUCGAUUCACCUGGUGUGGUCGAUGGCUCCGACGAUGUGCAAGAGAAACCACAUCCAUCAGGACCGAGAAAUGAAAUCGCGUCGAAUACCACACACUCGCAAUACUCGUAUUGGCAGACACUUCGACUGUUCAACGGAAGAAAGACAGACGAGAACUUUCUCAAAUUGUUUCUUCGCCCGUUUCCGCUUUUCUUCCACCCUGGCAUUCUCUGGGCCUGUCUCACUCAAGGUGUACUGAUCGGAUGGACGGUAUUUAUCGGAGUUGUCCUGGCAGCUGUCUUCCUUGGCCCUCCAUUAUGGUUUGACCAAGUCAAAACUGGAUAUCUAUAUACUGGCGCCUUUAUCGGAUCAAUCCUUGGUUUAGUCUUUUCCGGUCUUCUAUCUGACUGGAUGAACAAGCGCAUGAUUAAGAUCAACAAAGGAACCUACGAGCCCGAAUUUCGCAUAAUUCUCGUAUUUUUCCAACUGUUGUUCAGUGGCAUUGGCCUUUAUGGAUUUGGUAUCACUGCAGAGGACGUUAAACGAUAUGGCUGGCUUAUUCCCGAUGKAUUUAUUGCAUUUGUCGUGAUGGGAAUGGUGAUGGGCGCUGUGUCGAGUGCCUUGUAUAUCGUAGAUGCACACCGUCAAAUUGCCGUCGAAGCAUUUACAUGCAUGCUGUUCUUCAAGAACGUCUUUAGUUUCAUCCUCACGUUCUUUGCGUACGACUGGCUCGUGGUCAAGGCCGGCUCGCGCGCUCCGUUUAUCGCCAUUGGCACGAUUCAAGUCGGCAUUUGUCUGCUGGCGAUUCCUAUGUUACGGAGCACCAAUACGGGCUCUGCCCACUUGGCUGAUCACGCUGCAACGGCCGCAUUGUACGCGACAGACCCAACGCGAAAACGUGCCGGAAGCGAGGCCCUUCAAUCACCGCAGAACCAACCCACUCCACUUCCUGCAGGUCUCACCCUCGCUAACGCUAGCGCCGCCGCAAGCCUUGCGCACGCAAACCAAAAAUCGACAGCUGCCUGGCGACCCGAACGACAGCCCUACGCCGAAAAGGCGGCCGCCUUUGUUCGAAGCUACCAAGCUCCUGAACCGGCGUCCACCAAACAAACCAAUCCGGAUGUCUACAAGGCCGCGCUGUUAGCCGCGCAGGAUCGAGUGUUUACCGCUUCUCCUCCGGCGGCGACUACGCCAGAGCUCAAAUUUGAUAAAGCCGCGUUUGAAAACAUCAUGUCUGACAAGAGUCGUGCUCCGCAGCGAGACACUACGCUGCAGUUCAGUCCCGGUGCUUUGACGGCAGCUACGGGCGCAGUCUCGAAUCGACGACGGACCGAGUCCGCGCCUACGAAGCCCAUGUUUCACCCGGAUGUCUCUGCUGCGCUUACGGCUGCCACUAUAUCGCAUCGUGCCAGUCAGGAUGCGUCUGCGCGGAACGUCUUGAGUGAUCUUGAUCCAGGCAUGGAAGCUGCUCGGAUACAUCACAUUGCGCGGACGAAUGUACAACUGUACACAGCCACGCCUCCUGUGGAGAUUGAGCUUGAGGAGCAAAGAUACAAAGAUACUCUUCGGGCUGCUGCGGUGUCAAUGGCAAGAGACAUGUAUGCGUCGGCAGCCGCGAAAAAGGAAGACCCUUCCAGCGAGACUGAUUUUGCGAGUGCGGCGGCACAAAAGAGAUUGUCGCAUCGUCUCUCGCAGUCUCAAUUCUCCUGGGUGCCUGGAGAUGAGUAUAACGCCACGCAACAGCGAACCCCACCGAAUUUGCAUGAAGCUGCUCAGAAAAUUGCCGCAGAGAAACUUGCAAAGAUGCAAAGGAAUGAUUUGUAUAAUAAGCAGCAGUACUAUGGAACUGCCGCAAGUCCCAAGUCGCGCCAGAAUUUUACUCGUCGUUUGAGGAGACGGACGUCGAGUGACGGAGAUGUGUCGGAGAUUGAUUGGCAACGCUCUGAACGAAUCAGGCACCAGAUGUCCUCCUUACAGAGCCGCGUGAACGCGAUUGACGAGAAAAAGUCCAAGGACAGGGCUGAUCUAAUGGAAAUUGCGCGCAAAAAUGUCCAUGCCGCUAUUCACGACAUGGACGAAAAGGUUUAUGCGCACACUGGCAAACCCUCGCCAACUAUGCAACGCGAAUGGGAAGAAAAGGCACAACUACGCGCGAAGCAAGAAAGUGAGGCCCGUUUGACGAACUUUGGUCGGGUUUCUGUUGGUGGUGAUAAGUAUAUGGAUCAGACGGAGGUUGAGGCCAUUGCGCGAUCGCGUAUUCAGCCUACGCUGGAUGAGAUUGAUAAUCGGGUUGAGGAACAGCGUGCCCGGGAGGUUGAGGAGAAGUUGGAGCAAGAAAGGAGACAAAGGAGGUUGGAGACAGAUCGGGCGAGAGAGGCGCAGGUUCGGGCAGAGGAGAAGAAACAAGAUGAAGUCUUGCAAGAAAAAGAGAACGAAAAAGGAGCCCUUGGUCGGAGACGUUCCAUGCUGGGUAGUAGAAAGAUCUUCUCUCGCACCAAUAGGAAAUCUUCUAAGACGGCAGAGAACGAAGAACGAAAGGAGCAGACUGCAACUCCUGUUACGGAUGGUGCUAGGCAGUUUGAACAAGGCUCUGUGAAUGCUACUGCUCCAGUAAUAGAAUCAGCGUCGACAGCCCAGAGAACGGAAGAGUCUAAUCCUGGCCCUUCGCAUGAGCAAGUCGUAACUGAAGCCGCAGAUGCUGAGCCACAAACAAGCAACCCAACGUCACCCAAGUCAGAAUCAAAGAUCAAAUCAUGGUUUAGAGGAAGACUCAGUCGUCGACUCAGCAAGCCACCACCUGCCGAAGAAUCCACCAGGCAUGAAGGAGAGUCCGUUGCUACCGGCGGCGUCUCAACAGCAGAAGCCAGCGACCGCGCAGCACCUCUGACCUCACAUCCCGUCAGGGACACAGAUCUAGUAUCCGACCUCGCACCCCAACGACCCGAAGAAGAUACGUUCAACGAAGAAGUCUCCCGCCAAUGGAGCAGUUCUACCGAAGACUCCAACCGACACUGGUCCUCCAGCCCCACCGGCGAAGACGGAAACCGACGCAAAAAGGGUCUGCGCAUGAGUCUGCGAGACAUGAUCGCGCGACGAUCAACUUCUGACACGGGGUCAGCCGCAGGAUCGCCGUUGGCAUCUCCGACUACCUCUGCUCCUGUUGCUAGUGGAGGCAAGACGGUCGGUACGACCGCGAUGUCUGUUCGUCCCCAGUUAGUUCCGAGACUGAACACUAUGGAGCGCAAUGAGUUGCAUGACAGUUUUACGGAGGAGUCCUUGCCACCACCGCCGAAUCUGGUGCCAGCUGAGCGGAGGAGUUUGAGUGGCUCUGCGCGGGAUUCUAAGUUUUCUGAAGAUCUUUGA